AUGAUCAGUUUCCGUCGUGCAUUCCUUGCUACCAGUCUCGUCUCCCAAGUGGCUGCUUUCGCAACUCCCACUUUCACCAGGGCCGUUUCGUCGUCAGCAAUUUCAAUGGCCGAUUUUGAUGAAACCCGAGGAGGAACUUACUCCAUUGCUGAUCAAGUCGCUCGCUUCGAUAAGGCCAAGGCAGAUAACAACGAACGCUUCUUGGACAUCACCACAGUCUAUGAUGGAGGUGACUUGUCUGGGAAGAGAGUUCUCGUCACUGGUGGAAACAGAGGAUUGGGAUUUGAGAUCACCAAGGAACUUGUCUCUCUUGGGGCUACCGCUCUUGUCUUGUGCCGUUCUUCGUCUAAGGAACUCAGUCGACUUAUUGGAAAGUACAACGUCUACGAUGGCGUUGAUGUCACUGAUACUGAAGCCGUCAACAAGGCCAUGAAGAAAGUCAAAAGUGAUGGAGGUGAUAUUGAUAUGAUCAUUAACAAUGCCGGAUACUUCUACGAACCAUGCGAAAAGAUCUUGGACGAUAGUCUCAACUUUGAAGAAGAGCUGAAGCAAAUCAAUAUCUGCGGAUUGGGACCUCUGCGUGUCAAUGCCGCCGCUGUCAACUCUGGUGCCUUGGCCGAAAGUGCCAAGCUUGUUAUUAUCACCAGUCAGGCUGGAUCCUGCGAAUGGAGAAGUACCCAAAACAAGGACGAGGGUGGCGACUACGGACACCACAUGUCUCGCGCAGCCUGUAACAUGGCCGGUGUUUUGCAAGCCGAAGAACUUCGUAGCAAGGGAUAUUCCGUCAUCCUUUUGCACCCUGGUUUCAACCGUACUGAUAUGACUGCCAAAUACAAGGAAAUCUGGGACAAAGAAGGAGCUGUCGAACCUGCAACGGGAGCUAAGCGUGUCUUGUACGAAGCCAUCAAGAGCAAUAUGGAGACCACUGGCCAAUUCAUCAACUGUGAAGAUGGCAAGAAAAUCCCAUGGUAA